AUGACCACGCCCCCCGUUCCGAAAGAACUCGCCGCCCUUAAACGCGAACUGCAACUAUCCCACAUCACCGCCGACGCCCUCCUCACCGCCGUUCAAGACCUGGAAGAGAAACAGAGUAAACUCGAGACGGAGCUUCGGGAAGUGAAAGAUGAGAGGGAUGUGCUGAGGGGGGAGAAUAAAGAGCUGACGGGGAGGUUUGCGAUUUUGAAGGGUAAGAUGAAGGGGAUUGCUAAGGAGAUGAAUGGGUUGUUAAGGGAUCCCGUGCCGCCAGUCGUGAGAUUACUAGGCGACGGAACCGAGUACUGUAUGGAAGGCAAGCCAACCGCUUCACAGACAGCAAAGUCUACACCUUCCAAGAAACGAGUGGUCGGAGUCGUCAUAGAGUCGAAAUCGAAAGCGUCACCAGCCCUCUCCUCUUCAUCCGACGUACACCUAAAGCAUGGAACAGCAACAUCAACAGCAACAGACCCUUCGCAACCUUUGCCGAGAGCGGGCAAGCUGGAAGGUAUCGAGAAAAGAAGGACGUCGGGAAAGCGAUUCUUGGAGCAAAUCGAACAAGACUCGGAAUUGGAUGCGAGGGAACGAUCAGGAGGCAAGAAGAGCAAAGACAAGGCUAUCGGCCAUGCCCACGAGAUGCGAGGGCAGUCGAUACCAUUACCCGCUGGGAACAUACAAUGGAGACCGGAGGUAGCGGCCAAACGACACGUACGGUUGGUCAUCUUACCAGGAGCUGGCGUGAAUGCGGACAUGCUGCCUGCUUUCCAACAGAAUUCGAUGCCGCACGUUCGGGCGGUGGCAAGUGCCAUAUCGAAGAAUUUGGUGUAUUUCGAGCCGAUACCUUUGUCAGAGACGAUAUCGGUGGGGGGAGCAGAUAAUGGGGCGGACAUGAAGGAGGCGGAUGAGCUAGAUAAGAACGUGGAAAUGGCGCUCAGCAAUGAAUCACAGGCAGACAGUCUGGUAGAGCUUGGUGAAAGUGCGAGCAGCGAUGAGGAGAUGUGA